CACAACACAGAGGAGGCGCUCCGGUGAAGUUGUGUCCCCGCGUCCAGCGCGAGUUCCGUGCGCACGGAGGAGACCACAAAGGCGGCUCAGAGUGGAUCAUAUACCGCUGUUUUUGUGUGUGGAAGUAUCGGUGCUGUGCACAGAGAGCUCAAGGCUGCACGAAAUGAAAUCUUUGUCGAGACGAUUGUAGUUAAAAAAGUUUUCGCUGCUGGCAGAGAAGAGGCAGUUUUUUUGUCUUCUCAACUGGACCAUUGUGCUCAGGCAGCUGCUCUUUCAAUGUGGGAUACAGUUUUGGUGCUUUCGCCAGGCUGAAAUCCUCCAGGGUCAGGACCUCCCUCAUGGCGGCCGUGCUCCUCGGGCUGCUGCUUUUUGCAAUGCAGUCUCCCCCCAUCCCCUCCAGGCCCGUGGCUGACGAGGGGCCGCCUCCACUUCCCACCUUUUCGCCGAACGAUAACGGCACCACCAGCCAUCCAAACGGGACCUUGCAACAGCUUCCUCAGAUUAUAAUCAUUGGUGUGAGGAAGGGGGGGACUCGAGCGCUGAUUGAGAUGCUCAGUCUGCACAGUUCAGUGGCGGCGGCGCAGAACGAGGUGCACUUCUUUGACUGGGAGAGUCACUUCCAGAAGGGCUUGCCUUGGUAUCUCAGCCAGAUGCCCUACGCCUUCCCCGACCAGCUGACGGUGGAGAAGACGCCAGCCUACUUCACCUCGAGCAAAGUCCCCAAACGCAUCCAUCAGAUGAACCCCAAAAUCAAGCUGCUGCUCAUCCUCCGAGAUCCCACGGAGCGGGUGCUGUCGGACUACACCCAGGUCUUUUACAACCGCCUCCAGAAGCACAAGCGCUACCAGCCCAUCGAGUCCGUCCUAGUGAAGGACGGCGAGAUCAACCUGGGAUACAAGGCUCUCAAUCGCAGCCUGUAUUAUGUUCACAUGCAGAACUGGCUGCAGUACUUCCCACUGGAGAGCAUUCACGUGGUGGACGGGGACGAGUUGAUCAGGGACCCGUUCCCAGAGGUGAAAAAGGUGGAAAGAUUCCUAAAGCUGGAACCGCAGAUAAAUGCUUCAAAUUUUUACUUCAAUAAAACAAAAGGAUUCUACUGUUUGAGAGAUCAUGGGCGAGAACGCUGUUUACACGACUCAAAAGGCAGGGCUCACCCUCAUGUAGCGCCCGCCAUCCUGCAAAAACUCUACCAGUUCUUUCACGAACCCAACAAGAAGUUCUUUGAGCUGGUGGGCCGAACGUUCAACUGGAAAUGAGCAUCUCAGUGUGACGUGCUCGGGGAUGAGCUGUCCUGUUCUCCUCACUAACAAUGUAGAUGAAGAGACAAAGCUAAUGUAAAUUUAAACUAAAUCUAUUUUUGUACUAGUGCAUUUUGUUACAGGAGUAUGAUCGAGCAAAAUAUCAGGGCAGACUGCAGUUCAUGACAUGCUCUGUUGGUGCAUGUCCUCUUUUCAUUGUCCAACAUUUAACUGUCUUUCUGUACUGUUAGAAACCCACUACUGCUCAGCUCGUCUGAUUAAAGACUAAUAACGCCAUUCAGACUUUAGACUGUGCUGGUCAAUGUGUCACAUUAAGAUAAGAAGUUUGAUAUCGUCAUACAUUCAUGUUUCGUGUCAUAUAACGAUACAUAAUUAACAUCGAACUGCAUUUAGAGCCCUGAAGGACCUUUACCUGCUGCUAUGAUUUCCUCAGUCACUUUCAGGCACGAGCUGUUUUUUUUCUUCUGUUACUCAAAUGUUUCUUUAUGUAAGAGUCAGAUAUAUAAACUCUGCGCACAUCAAAUAUUUGCCGAUCAUUAUGAUGUACUGUAAAUAGUUUUUUUUUUUUCAAAAAGCAAAGAAUUAAUACCAUAAUAAAGAUGUAUUUUAUUUUUA